AUGUUGUUCAUAACUGUCCUCCAGCUCAGCCUCUGGGUUCUGGAGCCGGUCCUGGCUUCUGCUGACGUUGGUCGAGCCGCCGAUAUUGUUUCGGGUAUCCCAAGCCGCGAGAAUCUCGACCUCAGACUAUCACAGGCUCUCCCUCAUGUGGACAUCAAGGGCCUCGAGCAAGUAUACAACCACCUCCAGCAAGAGGUCCUUAGUAUCAAGCGUCACCUCGAGCAAGUGCUGAACGCCCAAGACCUGAAAGAAUUCACAAGGGUGUUUGCCGAAGAAAUCGACCGUCACGCAAACGAUCUUAAGCAAGAGUUUCAUUUCUCUGGCAGCGAGGAAGACAAUGACCGGAAAGAAUGGGAGUGGUUGGAACGCCCUCUUGACGACGCCCUGGAUCAGAUUGAAUCUGCGUUUAUGGCCGCCUGUGACGGUACGGGAGUUGCCCAUAUUGGUCCUCAUUUCAAACGAAUCAGGGAACCCCUCAAACAGACUAUACUCGGUGCUGCCAAGGCAAUCGAUCGACACCCAUGUCUUUUGAAAGUGCUUUUGCAAGUCUUGGGCCUACUCGUUUCCAGAGUAAUGCCCCUCUCCUGGGUCGUCCGCGCACUCCUGACUGUCUUGGGUUUCGGUGUGAGCGGCCCCAUUAAAGGGAGUUUUGCUGCCGCCUUCCAAAGCCGCGUCUUCAGAGGCGCGAUUCCCAAGGGUAGUUGGUUCGCUUGGGGACAGAGUGCAGGAAUGUCAUUUGGAAAUGGAUUCUUGAGCUAUUUGGAAAGGCCCCUAAUUAUUCUACCAAUUCUCGCGCAGUGCGCACUCUAG